AUGGUUGUCGACGUUCUGCCCAGGUGGGAGAGGUACACUUACUGGAUAGUGGGUCUGUCGGGCAUGGCCUACUCAGUCUAUGCUCUGUUCUUAGAAGGAGACAGUGAGUUACAAAGUUCUCUUUCUUUUCAGAGAACGGCCAAAUUCAUCGCUCAAACAAUUGUCACGGGAUGGACUUGGCUUGGCAGGUAUCAGGAUCAGUCCGACAGAGAGUUCGAGCUGUGGAAAAGCAGGCACACUGUAAAGAUUCUAGCCACAAUUGCGCAUGUCAUGACGUCACAAAUAUGUUUUUACUGCAAGGUCAGGCCACAGUUACAUGCCUACACUCUGAUAACGGUGGACCUGACUUCCGCCUACAUUUUGCUGGGCGGAGGACCUCUGGCAGUUCUCGUCUUCUCAGCGAUACUAAUAUUUGUGGUCUCCCUGGCGGGGAAAACCUGGCUUGUCUGGUCCGUGGCCAUCGCCAUGAUGUAUUAUUGGGACUCUAUGAAAGUCCCCUGGCUGACCCGGUAUUCAAGCUACUAUCAUUUUGUGGUCAUCGCCGGUUUCUUUAACAUUCGUAUCGUCAGCUUUGGCCUUGAGAAGGCCAAAUAUCGAGCAUCUCAAGCGGCACGAGCAUCUCAAUCAGCACGAGCAUCAGUCGGUCCUCUGGAACAGUCACUCUCAUCUGCAGGCUCCAGUGGUGGUCAGAAUAAUCCCACUGACCAAGAGAACAUGGCAAUGAUUAAAAACCACGAACCCACUAGCCUGACCCAAGUCCCAGAAACAGGUCCACUGGACAGUGACCCCUCUCUGUGUGAUCUGCUAUUAUACUGUUUCUACUGGCCAACCUUUCACUUUGGUCCUAUUCUAAUCUACAGAGGCUUCCACAGAGAGAUUAAACAAGCAAUGUUCUCCCAACAUUUCUCUCCAGAUACUUGCGACAUUUUGAAGCAAAUACUUCGAAUAGCGUUCUGGUUCGUCUUUCUGGAGUUCCAGGCACACUUCCUCUACCACAACGCCAUUGCCAGCAAUCCAGCUCUAUUUGAACAGACGACAUAUUCGGCAGUAGCUGGGGUAGGCUUUUGGCACGGCCAGUAUUUCAUGAUGAAGUAUGUCGUCUUCUAUGGAUUAGCAUCUCAGAUCUGUCGAUUUGACGGCCUUUCUCCAGUGGCAAGACCACGAUGUCUCAGCUGGGUCUACUCAUUCGCAGACAUCUGGAAGUGCUUUGAUGUUGGUUUAUACAAUUUUACCAAGACCCACAUAUACAUCCCUUUGGGUGGGUCACGAGCUGGGAUUUUGAGACAGCUCUUUGCUUCCGGUGUAGGCUUCACGUUCAUCAUCUUCUGGCACAGCCUGUCUCUGAACACAGCCAUCUUGUUCAUGGUCAACUACCUCAUCAACUGCCUCCAAGUGUUGGCUGGUGAGGCGGAAAAGGGGACACUCUUGAAGACACUGAAGUCACGAGUGGGCCCAGCCAUGUAUCUGAGGAUCCAAGUCAUCCUGGCUAUGCAUUGCUACAUCAUCGGUGGAUUGAUUAUGUCCCAUUUCUUCUUUAGAGAGACAACUGGCUGGAAAAUGACGGAACAGCUUUUUAUACGGGCUCCCUGGACCAAGGUAGUCAUGCUGUGUGUGGUCAUCACUGCCUGCAUUCACAACGGCAUGUGUGCUGGUCAGUGGUACCGUGAGCGGAUUCAAAAACUGGCUAGAUCAGAAAGCAGGCCGCAGAAACAGAAGUCAUCAUAG